CGCCGUGGCCGAAGCCGCGGCCUCGACGCUGACGACGCCCGCUCGCGCCGCAACGAGAACAAGAUCGAGCUCCGCAAGGCAAAGAAGGACGAGACGCUCGCCAAGAGACGCUUUGCUCAGCCCGCCGAUGCCGCAGCCGAGGAGCCCACUGACCCCGCAGCCGCCGCAGCUGACGCGGUCGCCAACGCCUGCUCGGCGGCGGCGGAGGUGCCUAGGCUCGCCUCGAUUGUGCACGAGUACGUCCGGGGCGGGUGCUGCGGCGAUGCCGCGGCGGCGCUCUCGACGGUGACUCGGCUGCGGAAGCUCCUCUCCCUCUCGGGCGGCCCGCCCAUCGACGAGUGCAUCUCGGCGGGGCUGGUACCCGUCUUCAUCCAUCUCCUCGGCGGCGCCGGCGCGGUCGUCUUCGAGGCGGCCUGGUGCCUCACCAACAUCGUGUCCGGCACGACCGACCACGCCAAGGCAGUCGUCGACGCGGGGGCCAUCCCGCCGCUCCUCAACCUCGUUCAGACCUCGCCUUCCGUCGAGACCCGCGAGCAGGCCGUGUGGUGCCUCUCCAACGUCGCUGGCGACUGCGCCUCGCUGCGCGACAUGCUCCUCGGCUGCGGCGCGACGAACGGCGAGGAGGCUCGCGCCACCUCUGCCCCCCCCGGUAGGUGCCUCUCCAACUUGGUGCGCAACAAGCCCGCGCCCGCCCUCGAGCACGUCGAGCGCGCGCUGCCCACCCUCGCAAAGCUGCUCUCGCUCGACGACUCGGAGCUCAUGAUGGACACCAUGUGGGCCCUCUCGCACGUCGCAGAGGCGGGGGGCGACGCCGCCGACGGCGUCGUCUCGGUCGGCUGCCUUCCUCGCCUCGUCCACCAUCUGGAGCACGCGCCGCCGUCGGUGCCCGCCCUGCGCGCGCUCGCAAACCUCCUCACCGGCUCGGACGGCGCGACCGGCGCGGUGCUCGAGGCGGGCUUCCUGCGCGUCGUCGGCGAGCCCCUCUCCCGGGAUCGGAGGCGGUCGCGCACCCGCAAGGAGGCUUGCUGGGCGCUCUCCAACAUCGCGGCUGGCACGGCCGCGCAGAUCGACCAGCUGAUGGCGACGCCUCUGCUGCCAGAGGUGAUCGGCCUGAUGGGGCGGGACGAGUUUGAGGCCCGAGAGGACGGCGCUCUGCGGACAGCGCCGCGUGCCGCGAUUGCCACACCUUACCCGUGUCCAAUAGGUCAAGAAGGAGCGGGCUUGCUCGAGCCGCUCGUGCGGAUGCUCGACGCCAACGACCCAAAGGUGAUCGAGCUCGCGGUCGACGCGUGCGGCCACCUGCUCGGCGCGGGCGAGGAGCUGGCGCGCGGGAAGGGUUCCAACCCGUUCGUGACGCAGUUCGACACGGUGGGCGGCGUCGACAAGCUCGAGGAGCUGCAGACGCACCCGAACGAGACUGUGUACAACAAAACGGUCAAGAUCCUCGACGACUUCUUCGUUGCGGAGGAGGCGGAGGACGAGAACCUGAUGCCGCACCAGUCGGGCGGCGGGUUCCUGUUCGGCGCCGCGGCCGCAGAGACGCCAGCCACCCCCUUCGUCUUC